GCCCCUAGUUCUUUUACUUCUUGGGGCCCUACUCUAGAGAUGCAAUUCUCGCCUAGUAUUGGUGCCCCUGGGGGUGACAUUCUCUCUACUAUUCCCGUCAAGGAUGGUGGAUAUGAGGUGUAUUACCGCCAAAGCCCACCCAUUCAAUGAUGGACAGAAGCAGAGUAACCACCUCGCACCGGUUGCCCAACAGGGCCCUGGCAUGGCUCAAGCGUGGGAUGCCGCUUAUAUCAAGUCUCUUGUCUAUCCAUAUACACUCUCUUUUAAUGAUACCAUACAAAAGACAACGAACUUUACCCUGAGAAUUGCCAACACUGGCGACGCUAAGGUGGAAUAUAAUAUUGGCCAAGUCGCUGCUUCGUCAAUUUACAUUCUGACCAAGGACGGCAGAGAAGCAGAUAUUUUCCCUCUCCAACACUUUAAAUCGUCAACAAAGCUGGAUUCGAGCUCGAGCAAGAUUAUUGCCGAUCCCGGAAAAGUUGGCCAUGUGCACGUUAGACUGACAUCUUCCAGAGCGGAUGAGUUGCACCGGCUGCCUUACCACUUUGGAUACGUCUCUAUAAACGGCACGUACGGAUCUGCUCUUACCGUACCAUACCAACAUAUUGGGGCGGACUUUCAAUCUAUUCUUGUCAUACCUACAGGAGCAACCAACAUCUACAACUCAACAGACCACUCUGCAGGGUCCGAUCAAGACGCCCACGCACUUUGUUCUGCCAAAACAAGGCACAAUUGAUUGGCUCAACCCCAUGCCUUAUAUUAUAUGCGAUUUAGCACUUGGUACCCCUUACUUCGACAUGCUCAUCCUCGACGUAAAGGCUAACACGAUCCUGGGCUCCAUGAAUGGCUGGCCUGUUAAGAAUUUGGGACGCUGGCAUGCUAGAAAAACCUGGAAUGGUGCUCUUGCGGAUGGUAGUUAUGUGCCUGAGGGUCGUUACAAAGUAAUCAGUCGAGGCCUCCGUGUCUUUGGGGAUCCCAAAAACCCGAAGCACUGGGAUUCUGACACCACCAUUGAAUUUUCCACCUCGUAUAAAAAGUGAGAUACUGGGCGACGGGCGUUCACAUAUUAGGGACAAGAUUUAUAUCAAUACCAU